AUGUCGGACGACACCGCCCCCCUCCACGUCGUCAUUGUCGGCGCCGGCAUUGGCGGUCUGACUGCUGCUGUCGGGCUGCGCGCCGAGGGCCACCGCGUCACGCUGCUGGAGCGCUCCCAGCUCGCCCAGGAGACCGGCGCCGCCAUCCACCUGGCGCCCAACUGCCAUGGGCUCCUCAAGCGGUUCGGGAUCCAGCCGACGUCUUUUGGCGCCAACCCGCUGGAGGGCAUCGCCGAGUACGAUGGCGCCGGCAACUUGAAAAUGGACAUCAACCUGCGCGGCGCCGGCGGCAUGUGGCAGCACCCGUGGGUCCUGAGCCACCGCGUCAGCCUGCACAACGAGCUGAAGCGCGUGGCCACGGCCGAGGCGGGCGACGGCCCGCCGGCGGUGCUCAAGGUCGGCAGUCGGGUCGUGUCGGUGGACCCCGAGACAGCGACGGUGACGCUCGAGGACGGUACGACGGUCAGUGGCGACUUGGUCCUGGGCGCCGAUGGCGUGUCGUCGGUCACGCGCAGCUGCAUCGGCGGCGACACCAUCAAGCCCUUUCCGUCGGGCGGCAGUGCGUUCCGCUUUCUCGUCCCGCGCCAAAAAGUGCUCGACAACCCGUCGACGGCCCAUUUGGGCGCCCGGCCCGAGCGCGACGGCUACAUGACCAUGUGGUACGGCCGCGACCGCCGCCUCGUCAUGUAUCCGUGCGUCAACAACACCGUGCUCAACUUUGUCGGUCUCCAUCCGUCCGCCUUGACGUCGACCGACAGCAACAGCAAGAGCACCUGGAGCGGCGAGGGCAGCAAGACUGCCCUGCUCGACGUCUACAAGGAGUUUGGCCCCGCCGUCCACGACCUGCUGUCGCUCGUCGACAGCGCCGACCUGAAGCUGUGGACGCUCUUGGACAUGGACCAGCUGCCGUCCUGGACCACCGGCAAGCUGGCCCUCCUCGGCGACGCCGCCCAUCCGUUUUUGCCGCACCAGGGCCAGGGCGGCGGCAUGGCCAUCGAGGACGCGGCGUCGCUCGUGGCCCUGCUGCGCGCCGGCACCCCACGCAGCGAGCUGCCGGGGCGCCUGGCCCUCUACCAGGACAUCCGCAUGUACCGCGCCCACAAGGUCCAGGCUGACACCCGCCAGGCCGGGGCCGACAUUGUGGACGGCCAGACGCCCCUCUUCAACGUCCAGGAGUUCAAUUUCUACAACUUUGCCUACGACGAGUGGCACAACACCUCCCACCGCCUCAACCAGUGGCUGUGGGCCCGCCACGGCCCUGCGUACCGACGCCAGCCGUCCGUCUUUGGGCCCGCGCCCGGCCCGCGCCAGGACGCCCUCGGCCGCCCCGUCGACGCCCCCCAGGCCACGUUUCGGACCACCAGCAUCCGCUUCAAGACCUCGGCGACGUACCUCCAGACCCUCUUCCCGACCCCCGCGUUCAAAUUUGCCCGCCCCGGCACCGUUGUCGAGGCCACGUUCAAGUGCAACGAGCUCGACCGUCUGCCCUGGCUGGGCGGCGGCGGGUACCGCUUUGCAGGCCUCUGGGUCCACGGCGUGCAGUACACCAAGACCAAGGACAAGGACGGCGCCGCGCUCUUUGGGUCCUACCUGCCCGUCCUCUUUGAAGACCUCACCGAUCCCAUUCUCAGCGGCCGCGACGAGCUCGGCAUGCCCAAGCUGUUUGCGAGCAUCGCCGUCGAGACAAAGGAUGCCGCCACCGACAUUCGUCUUAGCUGGCGCGGCACCGAGUUUGUGCGCAUGACCGUGGACCAUCUCGAGUCCGUUCCUGCGCCCACACCGGGCGAAGCAGCCGCAGCCGCAGCCGCAGCGGCCCCUGUCUCGCCGUUUGCGCCCAAGCCGGCGCCCGACGACGGCGACUUCUUCUACCGCUACGUGCCCGCCGUCGGCCAGCCGGGCACCGCGGACGCCGAGUACCCCGUGUUUCUCCCGCACAAAGACAGCACCACCUCGCGGGUGGUGGAGGCCACGCAGGUCACGCAGCAAGCGUCCCUCACCUUCCAGGCGGGCAGUCAGACGUCGCUUCCGACACUGCACCACAUUGCUGCCGCGUUGGCCGAGAUUCCUGUCUAUGGCAUCGUCAAGGCCACGGUCGAGGAAGGCCACGGGGUCGACAACUUUGCCCACGCACAGCGGAUUGAGUAG